AUGAUCAAUCAUCCAUGCAUUCUCAUUCUCCCCUUGCUUCUCGCGGCACUCUCCGGCGCCGUAGCCGGCGACUACUUGAUCGGAGUAGGAAGCCACGACAUGACCGGUCCGGCGGCCGGAGUGAACAUGAUGGGCUACGCCAACAUGGAACAAGUCACCGGAGGCAUACAUUUCCGGCUCAGGGCGCGGGCCUUCAUUGUUGCGGAUCGCCGGCCCGGCCCGGAUGGCGCUAGGUUUGCGUUCGUCAACCUCGACGCCGGGAUGGCUUCGCAACUCGUCACCAUCAAGGUGCUCGAAAGGCUCAAAACGAGGUACGGCGAGUUGUACAACGAGGAAAAUGUCGCGAUAAGCGGGACGCACACGCAUGCCGGCCCGGGGGGUUAUUUGCAAUACGUGACGUAUUCAAUAACCUCCCUCGGCUUUGUUCCGCAAUCGUUCGAUGCCCUUGUGACGGCGAUCGAGCUUAGCGUCGUCCAAGCCCACGAUCGCCUCAAGCCGGGAUCGAUUUUCAUCAACACAGGGGACGUGAAGAAUGCAAGCGUAAACCGGAGCCCGAGCGCCUACCUAUUCAACCCUCCGAGCGAAAGGGCGAAGUAUCAAACCAACGUUGAUACACUAAUGACUCUUCUCAAAUUUGUCGACGAAACUAGCGGGAAAAGCAUCGGCGCGUUCUCGUGGUUUGCGACGCACGGCACAUCGAUGAGCCGGGACAACAAGCUCAUCAGCGGAGACAACAAAGGCGCGGCCGCAAGAUUUUUCGAAGACUGGUUUUUCGACAACAACGGAAGCUCGACUUUCCCGGCGUCAAACGCUGAACAGUCCAACGUCGCACGUGCGUCGACAAAACAAUUGUCGAGGAUCAAGGCAACAGGAGGGCAAGCGUGCAACAAAACAGCGAGCCGGGAGUCGAAAGUAAGGAAGAACGACGGAUUGCGAUUUGUCGGAGCGUUUUGCCAGUCAAACGUCGGUGACGUGAGCCCAAACGUGCUCGGCGCGUUCUGUUUGGACUCCGGCAAGCCCUGCGACUUCAACCACUCGACGUGCCACGGCGAUGAUCAGCUCUGUGUCGGUCGCGGUCCAGGAUAUCCAGAUGAAGUUUUGAGCACAAAGAUCAUAGGGGAGAGGCAGUAUCAAAAAGCUGUGGACUUGUUCACUUCUGCCGAGUCGAAAAUCGCCGGAAAGAUCGAUUCGAGGCUCGUCUACCUCCACUUUACAGACAUCGAAGUCGCGCUGAAAGGAAACGAGGUUGUCAGGACAUGCCCUGCCGCGCUCGGACCAGGUUUCGCUGCUGGAACGACUGAUGGACCGGGCGUUUUCGGUUUCAGACAAGGCGAUACUAAAAUCAACGAGUUUUGGAAGACAGUGAGGGAUGCUAUUAAGGAACCGAGCAAAUACCAGGUCGAAUGUCAGAAGCCCAAGUCGGUUCUGCUCGACACCGGAGAGAUGUUUUGGCCAUACGAUUGGGCGCCGGCGAUUCUUCCGAUUCAAAUCCUCCGGUUAGGACAGCUGGUGAUUCUAUCCGUACCAGGGGAGUUCACUACAAUGGCUGGAAGAAGGCUGAGGGAGGCAGUUAAGGAAACACUUAUUACCUAUAACAACGAAGAGUUCGACGACAAUACACACGUCGUCAUCGCAGGCCUCGCCAACACAUAUUCGCAAUACGUCGCCACAUUUGAAGAGUACAAACAGCAGCGCUACGAGGCUGCGUCGACUCUCUACGGUCCUCACACGCUGUCGGCGUACAUUCAAGAAUUCGAGAAACUGGCGAAAGCAGUGGCGACGGGAGAUCGUAACAUAUCGAGAGGACCCUCGCCGCCCGAUCUUUCGUCGGUUCAGAUCAGCCUAUUGCAGGAUCCUUCAGGCGACUCGCCUCCAGCAGGGGUGAGAUUCGGCGACAUCAAACAGGACGUGAAGAGUAGGAAAUUUAGGGCAGGGGAGAAGGUAAGGGCGACGUUUUGGAGCGCAAAUCCGAGGUAUGAUCUGCUGACGGAAGGCACGUUUGCGGCGGUGGAGAAGCUCGAAAAUGACAACAGUGACGAUCGAUGGAAGCCGGUGUACGAUGACGAUGACUUCUGUCUUUUUUUCAGAUGGGACAGCAGCUCCGGCGACUCUUACGGCAUCGCGACGAUCGAAUGGGAAGUGCCGGAGGAGGCUGUUGAUGGUGGGAUAUAUAGGCUCAGGCAUUUUGGGGCGUUUAGGACGGCCAAAGACUCUCCUGUGGAAUAUUUUACGGGAGCAUCGAAUGGAUUCACUGUGUCUUAG